GCCCCUGUGGUAGCUGCUGGACCUUUUCCACCACCGGCUGCUUGGAGUCUGCCAUUGCCAUAAAAACAGGGAAGCUACUGAAUUUGGGAAUUUAUAUUCAGAAAGAUGAGUUGCCUUGAUGACUGCUCACCAGGAUAUCUGGGUGAAAGAAAACCUUUGGCCUUGAAGAACAAGAAUAUCAAUUCUUCUUUGGAAAAACAAAGCAGUAUUAAAAAUAAGCAAACAAAAAUUAAUGUGCUGUUUGAAACAACACUGAAAGUUCAAGAAGGAAAACGAGACCAUUCAAAUGAUCAAGAGGUCAAGAAUUUAGAUGGUCUUAUCUCUUCCGUGAAGGAAAGUGAUAAGGACUGCAAGGUGGGGAGAUCUGAGAUCCCCACCCAAGACCAUAAUUGUUCAAACAAUUCAUGUAUUGACCUUACUGAUAUUUGGGAAGACAUGGAGGACUUUGAAACAACUGGACCACAGAAAAUAUGUCCACGACAGUCUGUACCAUUUCGAGAGAAGCCUUCUGCCAACGAUAGAAAGACUGUAAAAAGCCCCUCUAUCAGCAAGCCAAAGAUAUCUAACACGGGAAGAGAGGAUGAAAAAUUUAAAGGGCAAAAUGAUUCUGGCCUCCCCUUAAGUGGGAAUGAAGAACCUGAUGAUGGAAGGGAUGAUCCUCAAGUAUUCAGUGAGACUGAAGACUAUGUGGACUUCAUUCCCCCAUCCCCAGAAGAGGAGAUGCUGCCUGCUUCGUUCGGGCUGAAGACCACUAGGCAUUUUCCCCAAAGAGCAGCUGAUGAGACAACAUUGAAUCCUGAACUCUCGGUGAAACAACUUCCAGAGUUUGGAGGAACGACCAAAAGAAGCGAACGAAGGAAGGAAGGCCAGUCCCUCCACUGUGUAAUGGAAGAGAUCUGUCAACUGGUGAAUGCCAUUCCAGAAAGAGAACUGAAGUCUCUGCUAUGUGGCCAAGAGCUGCUUCGGCUUAGAGAUUGCAGAAGAAAACUGUUGAACAAUUCUAGAAAUGGAAACAGAACCGGUACUGAUAAAUUUCUAAAUAUAAACUACAAAUGUAAUUUUGACUAUGAUGACUCCCACGAUGGAAGUUACUCUUCUCAGCUGGGAAAAACGUCUUCCCCGCUUCCUCAAGAGGCUGCCUCUACUUCUGGACCAUUUUCUGGCAAGCGGCUUGAUGACGUUCCCCGCCUGUCUGGCCUUCAUCCGCCACCCUCUCAACGAUGGGCCAGUGCCAAUCCAUCCAUUUUCAUGAAAGAUUCUACCUGGGGCACGUCCUCUUCUGCCAUGGAAAGUUCAGGCAUAUCUUGUCCCAAGUGGGAAGCCGGUGGAAUAACGGGACUCCAAAAUCCAGAUUUGGAAGCCGAGACACAUUGGUGGCCUUCAACACUGAAUGGAGCAAAUUCAGAGAACCGAAGGAAAAGUGUUCCACUUAUAAGCAAUGUGGGAAGUAAGAGUCCUUUGGCAACUGGAGGGCAGAAGCUUCAUAAAGAUGAUUUUGAUAUUGAUGACCUGGAUGACUUGGAUGAUGCAAUAAGUGCUUCAAUAGCCGAAGGCACUUCUCAGGACCUGGCUCAGCCGGCUGCAGACGCCUCCCCUGCAGCAAAUCUAUUUUUGGGGAAAAACUCGGUCACGUCCAAGGCAGGCGCUGAUCUUCUGCAUAGCGAUUUUUCUUUCACAGACCAUUCUGUAAGGGGUGAGAGUUUCCCUGUUCCUCCACUAAUUAAGGAUACGCCUUCCAGAAAUGCCACUCUGGAACCAUUCAGAGGUUUAGCAUUUGCACAUUCUAAUGAGAUGAUGAAGAUAUUCCAUAAAAAGUUUGGUCUCCAUCAUUUUCGGACCAAUCAACUUGAAGCCAUCAAUGCUGCUUUGCUGGGUCAGGACUGCUUCAUCCUGAUGCCCACAGGAGGUGGCAAGAGUUUGUGCUAUCAGCUACCAGCCUGUGUUUCGGUGGGAGUCACCAUCGUCAUUUCUCCGUUGAGGUCCCUGAUAGUGGAUCAAGUCCAAAAGCUGACCUCAAUAGACAUUCCAGCAACGUACCUUACAGGCGAUAAGACUGAUGCCGAAGCAUCCCGAAUUUACAUGCAGCUCUCAAAGAAAGAUCCCAUCAUAAAACUCCUCUAUGUUACUCCAGAGAAGGUUUGCUUGAGUGGUCAGCUGAUGUCAGCGCUGGAGAAUCUGUACCAGCGGCAGCUCUUGGCUCGCUUCGUGAUCGACGAGGCCCAUUGCGUCAGUCAGUGGGGUCAUGAUUUUCGCCAAGAUUAUAAGCGGCUUAACAUGCUCCGAAAGAAGUUCUCCUUGGUUCCCAUGAUGGCUCUUACUGCCACCGCCAACCCCAGAGUGCAGAAGGACAUCCUGAAUCAACUGGAGAUGCACCGGCCCCAGGUGUUUACUAUGAGCUUUAACAGGCACAACUUGAAAUACGACGUGUUACCCAAGAAACCCAAAACUGUUGCUUUAGAUUGCUUACAAUGGAUCAGAAAAUACCACCCUGGUGACUCGGGAAUUAUUUAUUGUCUCUCACGGUAUGAAUGUGACUCCGUGGCCAAUGCUUUGCAAGGGGGCGGCCUCUCAGCCCUGGCGUACCACGCUGGCCUCCCAGAUGGCACCAGAGACCUUGUGCAGCAGAAAUGGAUCAACCAGGAUGGAUGCCAGGUGAUCUGUGCCACCAUUGCGUUUGGAAUGGGGAUCGACAAGCCCGACGUGCGCUUUGUGAUCCAUGCCUCCCUCCCUAAAUCUAUUGAGGGCUACUAUCAGGAAUCCGGCCGAAGCGGGCGGGAUGGUGAAGUCUCCCACUGCCUUCUUUUCUACAGCUACAGCGACGUGACCCGGCUGAGGAGGCUCAUCCUGAUGGAAAGGGAAGGCAACAGCCACACCAGGCAGACACACUUCAACAACCUCUACAGCAUGGUCCAUUACUGCGAGAACAUCAUGGAAUGCCGGAGGAUACAGUUGCUGGCCUACUUUGGAGAAACGGACUUUAAUCCUAGAUUUUGUAAGGAGCAUCCAGAAGUAAGUUGCGACAACUGCACCAAACAGCAGGUAUACAAGUUGAAGAAUGUGACCGAAGAAGUAAAAAACAUUGUGAGGUUUGUAAAGGAAUAUUGUGGUGAAAAAGGAACUAGAAAUAUCAAGAGAAAUGCAGGAAGAUAUACCCUCAAUAUGAUGAUUGACAUUUUCUUGGGUUCAAAAGCUGCAAAGAUUCAGUGUGGUCUCUUUGGCAAGGGAGCAGCCUACUCCCGCCAUAACUCCGAGCGACUUUUUAGGAAGCUGGUGCUGGACAAGAUUCUGGAUGAAGACUUGUACAUCACAGCCAACGAUCAAGCGAUAGCGUACAUCCAGCUGGGGGAAAAAGCUGGUGCUGUGCUGAAUGGCUGCUUGCAGGUGGAGUUCUGUGAAACAGAAAGUGCCAGCAAUAUCCGGAAGCAGAGGGCUUUGGAGACCAAGAUGUCCCUACGGGAAGAGAUGGUUAAGAAGUGUCUCUCUGAACUCACAGAUGUCUGUAAAAACCUUGGGAAAGUGUUUAAUAUCCACUAUUUUAAUAUUUUUAACACUGCCACAUUAAAAAGAAUAGCAGAGACUUUGUCUUCAGAUCCAGCAGUUUUGCUUCAGAUUGAUGGUGUCACAGAAGACAAAUUAGAGAAGUACGGAGCAGAAAUAAUAGGCGUGAUGCAGAAGUAUUGUACAAAGAUACUAACAGGUAUUUAAAUCACUUCAUUCACUUAAUGCACAG